AUGGCUUCAGUUGCUGCAUGGUUGCCUUUUGCUAGAGCUGCUGCUAUUGGAUGGGUACCAAUUAGUAGGCAGCCAAUGCCUGAAUUACCUCCAGUUUUGAUGGAUCGUGAUCUUGAUCAUGUUUCUGAUGAGAAAAUUUUAAUAAAUAUAUCUGGUAGAAAAUUUGAAACAUGGAAAAAUACUUUAGAAAAAUUUCCUGAAACAUUAUUAGGAUCAAAUGAAAAAGAAUUUUUCUAUCAAGAUGAGGAUAAUUGUUAUUUUUUUGAUCGUGAUCCAGAUAUCUUUCGUCACAUCUUAACUUUUUAUAGAACAGGAAAAUUACAUUAUCCAAAACAUGAAUGUUUAGUGGCUUAUGAUGAAGAAUUGGCAUUUUUUGGUAUAAUGCCAGACCUAAUAGCAGAUUGUUGUUAUGAAGAUUAUAAGGAUAAGAAACGUGAACAACAGGAAAGAUUAAUUGAAGAAAGAUUAGAAUCUGAUAUUAAAAAACAACAUUUUUUAACUAUACGUGAAAAUUUAUGGGCUGCAUUUGAAAAUCCCCAUACAUCAUCAGUAGCAUUGGUAUUUUAUUAUGUAACAGGAUUUUUCAUUGCAGUUUCUGUGAUGUGUAAUAUAGUAGAAACAAUACCAUGUAAGUAUCAUGAUGAUGGUGGUACUGUUACAUGUGGUGAUUUGUAUGAAAAACAAUUUUUUGUUGUUGAUACAGCAUGUGUCAUAAUAUUUACACUUGAAUAUUUAGCAAGACUUUAUGCAGCACCAGAUAGAUUAAAAUUUAUGAGAUCAAUUAUGUCUGUCAUUGAUGUUGUUGCUAUAUUACCAUAUUAUGUUGGUUUAGGAUUGCAAAAUAAUAAAGAUGUUAGCGGAGCUUUUGUCACACUAAGGGUAUUUAGAGUUUUUAGAAUUUUUAAAUUCUCUAGACAUUCACAAGGUUUAAGAAUAUUAGGGUAUACCUUAAAAUCAUGUGCUUCUGAACUUGGUUUUUUGGUUUUUUCUUUAGCUAUGGCUAUUAUUAUUUUUGCUACUAUUAUGUAUUAUGCUGAGAAAAAAACUCCUGAUACUAGAUUUACUUCUAUUCCAGCAGCAUUUUGGUAUACAAUUGUUACAAUGACAACAUUAGGUUAUGGUGAUAUGGUUCCAGGAACAGUAAUGGGUAAAAUAGUUGGUGGAAUAUGUUCACUUUCUGGUGUAUUGGUAAUUGCUUUACCAGUUCCUGUUAUAGUAUCAAAUUUUUCUAGAAUUUAUCAUCAAAAUCAAAGAGCUGAUAAAAGGAAAGCACAAAAAAAAGCAAGAUUAGCAAGAAUAAGAAUUGUAAAAAAUGCUUCUGGUCAAGCAUUAUUUGCUAAAAAGAAAGCUCAUGAAGAAAGAAUGAAAAUGUAUUUAAGUGGUGAUAUAACAAUAGAUAAUUUAAAAGAAGAAGAUAUUUUUGAAAUGCAACAUCAUCAUCUAUUACAAUGUUUAGAACGUGCCACAGAACGUCAAUAUGUUGAUUAUGAUCAUAUAUAUGAAAGUAAUCAACAUUUAUCUCCUCAAUUAUCUAUACGAUCAAACUCAACAAAUCAUGAUAAUUAUAAUAUAAAUUUUAUUAAAUGUUGUUUACCAAAAAAGGGACAUAAGAAAAGUGUAGAAGAGAUAGAUGAAGAAGCUGUUUUAAAUAUAAGGCUGCAUAAAAAAGAUACUCCAACAAUAAAUAAUUAUCAUAAUAUGUAUGAUAGAGGAAAAGACAAAAUUGUUAGUGAAGAAGAAUGUCAAUUAUAUUUAAGGUCCCAAAAUAUAUCUAAAAACGGUAGUAAUAGUAAGUCAAAUAAAACAAUAAUUAUUGAGGAAGAUGAAAAUAUCCCAUUAAAAAAUGAAGAAAUAAAUAGUGUUAGUAUGGAAUCUAGUGAUAAUAAAAAAAAUUCACUUGAAUAUGAAAUUCCUAUGAAUGGUGGUGUUGAAAAUAAUGAAGUUUAA